CGGAAACGCUUGUGUUAAUUUCGGAAACCUCGGUCUUUUUUGUUUUUUUUCCCCCGCGAGUCAAAAUGGCGAAUAGGACGGUUAAAGAUGCCAAUAGUAUCCACGGGACAAAUCCACAGUAUUUGGUGGAGAAAAUUAUAAGAACCCGAAUUUAUGAAUCGAAAUAUUGGAAGGAGGAAUGUUUCGGACUUACGGCUGAGCUGGUUGUGGACAAAGCCAUGGAACUGAAGUACGUCGGUGGAGUGUAUGGAGGCAACAUCAAACCGACGCCAUUCCUCUGUCUUACUUUGAAGAUGCUUCAGAUACAACCGGAGAAAGAUAUCAUUGUGGAGUUCAUCAAGAAUGAGGAUUUUAAGUAUGUCCGUCUACUUGGAGCCAUGUACAUGAGAUUAACUGGCUCGUCGGUGGACUGUUACAAAUACCUGGAACCACUGUACAAUGACUAUAGGAAAAUCAAACAACAGAACAGAAAUGGAGAGUUUGAGCUGAUGCAUGUUGAUGAGUUCAUAGAUGAUCUGCUGAAUAGCGAGAGAGUGUGUGACGUUAUCUUACCCAGGCUUCAGAAAAGGCAGGUACUGGAGGAGGCUGAGUUGCUGGACACGCGCAUCAGUGCCCUGGAAGAAGAUCUGGAUGAAGUUGAGAGCAGUGAGGAGGAGGAUGAAGAAGAGGAGCGGCCUGAAAGAGGGCAGUCUCCAGAACCCCACAGACGGAGUUACCGUGACAACGAUCGACCCCGCCGCUCACCGUCUCCUCGCUACAGACGCAGCCGCUCACCCAGGAGGAGAAGUAGAUCACCGAAGAGACGAAGCCCCUCUCCAAGAAGGGAGCGCCAUCGCAGCAAGAGUCCACGCAGACACCGCAGCCGCUCCAGAGAGAGGCGGCAUCGCUCCAAGUCCCCGGGUCACCAUAGGAGCCACAGACACCGCAGCCACUCCAAGUCCCCCGACAGGUCAAAGAAGAGUCACAAGAAAAGCCGAAGAGGAAAUGACUGAUUUAUUUACCAGAUUCUGUUGGUUUUGUACAAAUUAUGCCAGCUGUAUUUUUUUUUUUUACAUAUAAUUUACUGAAGUAACAAUCUGCCUUUCAUUUUCUUUAUACAGUUUGACAGUGUUUUGGUAGUGUCACAUGUUGGUUUAUUCUGCAGUUCCAAAUGGACUUUUUAAAUACAGUUUGGAGUUACUAAUUUAAA